GUUCGCUUGACGAGAUAGGAAGUGAAGAACAAACACCAAAUAAUCAACUUUGAAAUCAACACGCACGUCCGACCAGCAUAACGCAACGCCUUGUCACCUCCCCCAACAAUGGCACACGAAGAAACGUCCUACCGCCGCGCGCGGUCAACCUCCCGCUCCCGACCGACAACUCCGCUCCGGCCCUCGUCGCGCUCAUCCUUCCGCGAAUCGGCCCGCAGCAUCCAGGGCGAUGCGGCGUCCUUCCCGCUUAACACGUUCGAGCCUGCGUUUGCUGAGCUGUCAGAUGCCUUCGCCGACCUCGAGGCAAACAUGAUGCACUUUCAGUUGAUGCACGAGAGUCUGGCGCGAUUCAGCGAGAGCUUUGCGAGCUUCCUGUAUGGUCUCAACAUGAACGCUUUUUGUGUUGAUUUCCCAGAGGGGCCGAUGGCAGAGUCGUUCAGACGGAUGAAGCUGAAGGAAGAGGAACAACAGAGUGCGACGAGUAACCCGGAACGGAUGAUUGGCGAGGUUGACACCGAGACUACAUUUAUGUGCGCAGCCCUAACAGCGCGCUUUGGGUUCCAAGACUGACGAAGCCCAGGACAACGGACACCUCCUUCGUUGAAAAUCCCCCGUCGACCAAGUCGUCGCUCAGGUAUCGAACGCCAGCACCGAACCAUCAGUUGCGAGUACCGGCGCCUUCCACGAGCACCACAGGGUCGACAUCUACAAGGGGUGUGGGGAGGGGCGGCAGGGGCGGCACCCGGGGAACGCGGCCUAGUGGGCUUCCGGCUCCCAGGGGUCGCGGUAUCAGUUGAAGCGUCCCGACACAUGGAUUCCGUAACAG